GUUUUUGCUCUCUGCCUGUCGCGCGAUGAUGUUUUGUUUGUAUCCAGUCCAAGUAUCAGCAUUGUCAUAUGAGCGGUGCGAGUCCAUUCGCAUCUAUCAGACAGGAUGCAAAUCCGCAAACGCUUUCUACCUCGCUCGAUCCAGGAUGGAGUGGCGACCGCCUUCAUGGCAGCAAUCAUUCCCAUCACGUUCUGGUUCGAGGUGUACGUGGUGAUACCGGGUGUCCACGGGGCGGACUCUCCGUUCAACUGGGUACACCUUGGGCCGGCCUUGUUCCUGUUGUACAACAUCAGCGCCAAUAUGCUGGCGACGAUCAUGUGCGACACUAGCUGCGGAACGGAAAUCAUCAAAGUGCCAGCCAAUGUUGCGGUUUCCUCGGGUCUGGGUUCGGGAUCGUGGCAUUUGUGUUCGACGUGCGAAGCGGUGGCUCCUCCCAGAUCGUGGCAUUGCAAUACCUGCGGGACUUGUGUUCUGAAGCGAGAUCACCACUGUGUGUUCACCGGGUGCUGCAUUGGGCAUCGAAACCACCGGUACUUUAUAAUGUUCGUGCUGCAUCUAUUUAUAGCAACGCUCUACGCAAGUAUUCUCAACAACUACUUCAUAUGGUUCGUGCGCGGGGAAGAGUUCCGCAAUUGGACUUCGCUGGUGAAGAUCGUUUUUCCUCUGGCGAUGCUGGUGAUCGAUACCUCAACGAAGCAGUAUUAUCUAGUCAUUUACCUUAUCAACAUGGUGGGCAUGCUGUUCACAGGGGUGUUGCUUAUCUACCACGGCCGGUUGAUUCUGAAUGGGAGGGUAGUGCACGAGAGGAACUCGCAAGAAUAUGACCUCGGACGGAUGAAGAAUUUGCGGAUGGUCCUGGGUAAACGGUGGCAGCUGGUGUGGCUAUCACCGUUCCUGGAAAGUGAGCUGCCUCACAACGGAGUCAACUGGGACGAGGUGCAGAAAGAAGCAGCCAAAAGUAAAUAGAUUUGCGGUCAUAUUAGAGUACCGAUCAUUACGAUAUACAAACGGUGUUACGAUUUUUGUGUUUUAAUAAAUUUAUGUAUUUUUAAAGAAUUGAA